GGCCAAUGUUCCUCUCCUGAGUCUUCACCUGCAUUGAUUUCGUUCCUUUUCUUCGUUGCCAUCCUUUCCUUCCCUUCUUUCUUCUGCGACGCAGGACCCGUCGACGAGCUGGGCUUUUACCUCUUUUCUUGAACAGUUUUCCUACAGUCAUUUCCGAUUCAACAUUCAGAAACAGUCAAUAAAUAUUCAUUCAAGAAGGGUCUUGAUCUUUUGGACGACAGUGGGAGCCACAUAAUAGAUGGGUGCUCCGAAUUCUAGUAAUAGUAGCGAACAGCCUGACCACCGUCAAGUAGCUACCUUCUUUCUAGGAUGGGUCUUCAUCACAGCCAUUAAUAACAUGGCAACGUCGGCCAUUCUACAGAAUGUCGUUGCUCGUGUCUUCUCCCGCUUUCGUCGAUCUUCAUGCGACCAUCCGAAGAUUGACCAUUGUGAUGAUGGCUCGGGGUCACCUUUCAAACUGAUGACCGACUGCCCCAUCCUUCUAUUCACCCUAUCGUCAUUCUUUAUGUCUGCCAGCAUCACCUCUUUUGUUUCUCUGCUUUCUUUUGACUCUGGGCCUGAGAUGCAACCGCUUUGUCAAUUCGUUGUGGCCUGGAGCGGAUUAUCUGUCCAGUUUGCGCGUCUUGUUGCGUUGUUCCUUCUUCUGUUUGCACUCCGUCGGUCGGGGAUCAAGCUAUUGGAGACUGUCAUCUAUCUUGCGUGGUUACUCAUUGGAUUAGGGCUCGAGUUUGCGAUUUUUACUAUUAGCAUAGGCACUGUUAAACUUGUUCAAUCUGAGGAGCUGUGUUACAGGGAACGUGACAAAGUUCUUCCCCUCUCCUUGGCUGCUUCAUCGGUAUUUUUGAUGUUGGAAAUUUAUGUUAUCGGUCGGACCCUGGUGUUGACGCAUUCACAUACACAAGGACAGAGAGAGUGGUUAGGUGACAUACAUGUCGUCCAAGCAUGUUCCCUUCUUGUCUUUGAUCUCAUGACGGUUCUGCCUUCCGCGGUUUUCAUUGGCGUUUUGGGGGAAUUCAUUCCACUCAGCAUCGGUUCAGUCCUUGUACUUGUGUGCUUCAAUAGGCGUAAUCGGCCAGCCGAGACAUCACCAUCCUUCGACUCGGUUACGCCGUCUUCAGAAUUUUCACAAGAUCUACCUUUUGAAAAGGAGAACAAUCCGCAUGGAUUAACGGUGAUCCCCAUGCCGCCACGCAUAUCUAGAUUUACUAUGGGAGCCAUCGCACGACCAUUGUCUCCGAUUCCGCCUUUGCCGAUGCACCCAUAUUCAGCCCAGUGUUUGGAUGACACCAAGAUGGAGGUGGAUGGAGACCGAUGGUUGGGUGGUUACGACACUGCGCGUAGUAGCCGAACUGUCGAUACAAGAACGGCGAGGAGCAUUGACGAAGCCGUUUUCGAAGUUGCCCAGCGGAGCCGACCUGUGCCAAUUUACUAUGAAGGGAGGAGAUCAGUGCCGUCAGGCCCACAGACACCGUCGAUCUCGAGCUCCGGCAGGUUCAGGGAGCUAUCGAUGGACGACUUGAUUCUUCCGUUUGCUCGUCCACGCCUGAUAACCGUUCCAUCUAACGUGUCUGUGGAUUUGGACGUUAAGCCUGACACACCGGUGUCGGGAGUACGGGAUUCGAUAGCUUAUGACCCGCUUUUAAAGUCGCGGUUUUCGGUGUCUACAGGAUCGGUGUCACUAACGACGACAUCGAGCUUGAUUUCGUCGUCGGACCGCGUUCGGAGGCAAUUAACGGCGAAAUCUGCUUGGUCUGAUUCAUCUGAAGAAGUACCUGCGCUGCCCGAGCGCCCAAUGCAGUUUCGGGCAGCUGGGUAUUCGAACCCGAUUCAGAGUCGGUGGCCUACGCUUUAUAAUGAAAGCAGGGUCUGUCGUAAUGAUAGUCCUCAGGCCUUGAGGGAGCCAGAAAAGGAUACGGACUCGGAAGCUUAAAUGUGCAGGAUUCUGGACUUUGAUUGGGACUCGAUUUAUGUCGCGGAAUAGGAUACGAUCAUUUUAAUGUGGAGUUAUAGUUUAUUAUAAGUAGUCUCCAUGUAACAGGGAUAGUGCUUGGUGAGUUGAAGCUGUAACGGCUGAGUUUGCGCAGUAGAAAGACAUGUAACAAGAACAAACAGACUACUUGUCUUUACCACGAUCUACAAUGGCGUCGAGCGCUCUGCUCCAGCAAAUCCAAGCUGGCAAGAAGCUAAAGAAGGCAGAAACCCAUGACCGGAGUGCUCCAGUAAUUGAUACGCCCAAGGGAGGAGGAGAAGGUGGUGGUGGUGGUGGUGGCGGAGGAAGAGGAGCUGUUUCAACUGGGAGCUCUCAGGCUGGGUCGACAAUGGGAGGAGGAG